AUCCAGCACGGAAACCAUGACAGAAGCCACCACAGAAGCGUCUGGUGAGUGGCCCGAGUGUGGCAGCGAGGAGAUGCUGAAGCACUCGGACUUCACUGUCUGGGAUUACUCCGUGGUGAUCGGAAUGCUGGUGGUUUCGCUGGGCAUUGGCGUCUUCUACGGUUUCUGCGUGAAGAGCGAGAGCGGAGGCUCGUCGGAGGACUUCCUCCUGGGCUCUGGAAUGGCUCUCUUCCCCGUCACACUGAGUCUCUGCACGAGCUUCAUCACGGCCAUCGAAUUGCUGGGCAAUCCGGCUGAGAUGUUCUUCAGCGGCACACAAUUCUCCCUCAUCAUCCUGUCCAUGAUUCUCGUCAUUCCCAUGGCCGUGAAGGUCUUCUAUCCCAUCUACUUCAAGAUGCAGCUCACCAGCUGCUACGAGUACUUGGGCAUUCGCUUCGGCAAGCGCAUCCGCAUCUUCGGCGCCAUUCUCUACAUCGUCCAGAUGUCUUUCUACACGUCCGUGGCGGUUCUGGCGCCCGCUAUCGCCCUCUCGAAGGCCACCGGCCUGGACACGCGCCUCGCCGUGGGGCUGAUCUACCUGGUCUGCGUCUUCUACGCCUCGCAGGGCGGCAUGAAGGCUGUCGUGAUUGCUGACACAUUUCAGGCAUGUAUUCUGGCGCUCUCCCUCGUCCUUGUCGUGUUGCUGGGCUAUUUCUACUCGGGAUCCUUCAGUGAAGUCUUCCAAACUGCCUCUGAGGGCGACAGGCUGGAAUUUGCCAAUUUUGACCUGAAUCCAACGACGAGACACUCUGUGUUCAGCAUUGUUAUCGGAGGAUUCUUCUACUGGUCCUCGAUGUUCUGCACAAACCAAGCUUCUGUGCAGAAAUGCAUGUCACUGAAGCAGCUCAAGAGGGCGAAAAUGGCCAUCUAUCUGGCCGUCAUUGGACUGAUUGUGGUCUUUGUCAUCAACUUCUACACUGGCCUCAUGGUCUUCACCCACUAUGCGCGAUGUGAUCCUCUGAGGGCGGGCGAAAUCACGGCGCGCGAUCAGCUGUUGCCGCACUACAUAAUGGAUGUGUACAAAGGCGUUCAGUUCAUGAGUGGCAUUUUUGUCGCGGGCAUCUUUGCGGCCAGUCUUGGAACCGUGGCGGCGGCUCUCAACUCCCUCGCGACGGUGACGUGUGAAGACAUCCUGGUGGCUGGCAUGAAUGUUAAGAUCAGCGCCGACAAAGGGGCUCUGUACGCUAAGUGGCUCUCCCUGGGCUUUGGUGUCUUCUCGUUCGUGCUGGUGUUUGUGGUGGAGAAACUCGGCGGCAUUCUUCAGGCCACACUCACCCUGAAUGGGCUCAUCGGUGGUGUCACGCUGGGACUAUUUCUACUGGGAAUACUGUUCGAGAGAGCCAAUUGCACGGGCGCCUUCUAUGGUGGUCUCUCAUCCCUCGUGGUCAUCCUCUAUGUGGGCAUCAUGGCGCAACUGACUAGCCAGGAUGUGGAGCCGCUGCCCACAUCCAUGGAGGCGUGCGAGUGCUUCCUCAACACCACGGCGGACGCACUGUCUGCUGGCGAGCAGGAAAUGGACUCUGGCUUCCCUCUGUUCCGCAUCAGCUACAUGUGGUACUCCUUCCUGGGCAUGGCACUGACUGUGGUGCUGAGUCUCCUCCUCUCCUGGGUCAGUGAGACUGUCCAGAGGAGGCGCAUUCUCAGGAUCACCAAAUCAUCGCAGGUGACAAAUGAUCUGCACAGAGGCAGCAUUUCCAUCUCCGUGAUUCAACCACCAAACGUGAUUGAUGGUGACAAUCAUGAGCCGACGAAGGCUCCGUCUCGUCCACAAUUUUCCCAUCGAUUCACGGGAUUUGACAAUAAGGCGCUUACCAUGGACGAUGUGUGAAGUGUGGGAGGAUGAAAAAGGACACACUGGAGAUUGCGAGAAAGUUACAAGUAUAAGAGCAGCAGUGCUAUUAAUUCUAAAUUAAGUUUUGAGUCUGAUAACGAGGCAAACUUUUUCCACUCACUCUCUCUCUCUCUCUCUUAUUGGCGACAAAGAAGAUAAAGUGUAAGAGGUUGAAGGAAUUAAGGAGGAAAACCUUCAAGGGGAUCUCCAAUUGCGCACAUAUUCAGAAGAAAAAUCCUUCACUUUGCUCAAGUUGAAGAUGAAUGAAGAAAAGUGCGAAUAAUUAAUUUUGCUUAUCAAUUUUAUUGCAUAAUUAUUACACAAAGUGAUGUGAAAAUUGCAAAAAUUUCAAGCAAAUUGCAUUGCAAUUGACGCUGUGCAGUGAAUGCCAGUAUUAUUAAAGUAGAAUUCUCUCGUGCUUGGAAAUAUAAUAGCGAGCGAAUCAGACAUCAAAGUUAUAAAUCUCUUCUGGGACAGAUGGUCGGAGGAUUUUCACCCUCUGCCAAGGGGAGUGUCGACGGACGGAGAAAUUAAAUUAAAUUUCAUUGCUGAGGAAGCGUGAUGAUAGUUGUUGUUUAACUUGAUAGCUUUAUUGAGGAAAUUGUACAAGUUUGCUCUUUCUUUCAUUACUCGACCGGAAUUUUCAUUGCCACUUGUGUGAAUGUCUUGCGAAGCAGCAUUAUGUCCCUUUUGCUAGAUUUUCACACAAUUUAAUUUACUUGAUGUCUCACUACAUCAAAUGAAUUUGUAUGAAAUGCUGAAUGUGGGAAAUAAUUAUGGGGAAUAUCGCUCUAGCGCUAGAGUGUGAUGCACUCUAGGCUAGAGCUGUUGAUGCAUCGCUGUAGAGAAGUUCUUAUUGUCUAUACUAUUGAAAUACGAGAAUUUUCACUGUGAUUUUAACAAAUGCAACAUGUCAGUAACAUUGUAAGAUCAUUUCUCUUAUCAAUAUUUAUAUAUUUUUUCAAUAAGAAAAUCCUAUUUAUUAAUAGUUAAUUAUAAACUAAACUAUGUAGAUUUUUUUACAGCAGUGUUGCUCUAUUGGUACAAAUUUUCCACCUCCUAAAUGUGACAAGAUUUCUUCGAAAUAAACAGGUAUAUAACGACGAAUUAAGAGCCAAAAAGCUUAGUCUGUAGUACGUUAAAUAUGUAUACAAAGGAAUUUUAAUCCUACAGAAUUUACACGAAUAAAAAUAAUUAGU